GUUGAUCUUCCAUUGAGGUUCGAGUGUCGUGUUAUUGGUUCGGCUUGGAGUCGCAGCUUGCGUCCGAUGACGUUUUCUGCCAGCCAAACCAUACGCGGGCACGAGGAUACCUUGAGUGGGCACGAGCAUGCGUUUUAUUGUUGUUGCUUCUCUCCAGACGGGAAGAGGAUUCUUUCUGGUUCAGCCGACAAGACUUUGAAGUUGUGGCUCGCGACCGACGGAACGCUGCUGCAGACCUUGAAUGGGCACGAGGAUUCGGUUGUUUGUUGUUGCUUCUCUCCAGACGGGAAGAGGAUUCUUACUGGUUCAUGCGACAAGACUUUGAAGUUGUGGCUCGCGACCGACGGAACGCUGCUGCAGACCUUGAGUGGGCACGAGGGUUGGGUUUCUUGUUGUUGCUUCUCUCCAGACGGGAAGAGGAUUCUUUCUGGUUCAGCCGACAAGACUUUGAAGUUGUGGCUCGCGACCGAUGGUGGUGAGCUUCAAGGAGCGGGCUUUGGCCAUCAGCACAAUGCAUUCAUUCUCGAAGAGGUUUUGGAGAAAAAUCAGAUUCUGCAAGCUGCCCAGUUGCCACGUCUUUCCGUUUAGCGGGGGCCUUCGGAUUUGGAAUACAGAAUCGACCCAGUUCCACGAGAUGCCCCAUUCGGCAAGUUCAUGUCGCACAUUGUCGUCAGCACAGUCGCAAGGCACAGGGCGGACUACCUGUCUGCAGUGUAUUGUGAUCCGCCGCAGCUGGAUGUUAUUCAGGUGCGAUCCGUAGUGAACCCAAGAUUGCAAAAAUCAUAUCUGGCAAAACUCGAGAAUAUCGAAGGCAAGAGGAGGCGACAAGGCACGUGCUCUCCGAUUGCGGCCCUCUCGCAUUUGAAGGUGCCAGUGAACAUGCACGACUUCGACCUGAACGAGCACUUCUUAUUCCACGGGGCUGUACGGUCCACCUUAGAACAAAUAUGCAAGGGUGGUUUCAACCCGCAGCGGGGUGGCGAGGCUACUGGCAAGCUCUUCGGUACCGCUUCAUAUUUCGCUGCCAAUUCUUCUAAAAGCGACGAUUACACAGAGGAGCGCGCAAAUCCGUUGGCAAAGAAUGCCACGAGGACGUUAAUUGUUUCUCGCGUUGCCCUCGGCGAGUCAUUCCGAACGGCCGACCCCAUGCAGGGCGCCACGAGACCUCCCGACAACGACGACGGCGUGGACUUUGACGGGGGUCGGCGACUUCUGUGUGGGCGGAUAAGUCGAGUAAUGGGGGUUGCGUGGACCACAUCGAGGCCAUGAUAUAUUCGGAGGCGCAGGCACUCCCGGUGGCUCUUGUGGAUUAUCGUCACGCCGUCGGUUGUACAUGCGCAUUCUGCUUGAGGCGGCCCUGACAUGUAGAUUUGCAGACGCCUGGAUCUGAAGGACUGGUUGGUGAUUGCAUCCAGCGUGCACCUUUCGCUCAAUGGUACUUGAAGAUAAACAAAGCACAAGGCAGAACAAGCGCAACGAGGGCCCAAUCAUCGCCAGUCAUCUCCCCGUCCCCCUCUGAACACUCCCAUGGGGUAUCGUGGACCGUUUGGGCCAUGGUGGGUGUAUGCGCACACAAACAC